AAAAAGGCAUAAAAAAAGGUUCUUUUAUUCAAUUUGGAUAGAAAUUAAUGUGAAAGAAAAAAAGAGAAAAGAGCAUGUGGGGAAUAGAGAAUAUCUAAGUACAACCCACUAUUUGCUCUAAGCCACUUAACCUCUCCAGCAUAAUAACUAGAUCGCCCUUAUACUGUACACUUGUUGGAUUUCAUCUAUAUAAACCUCUGCCCUCUCCACCAAACUUCUUUGUUUUCACUAUACUCCCAUCCAUCCCCACGCAUGAAAUGAGAGCACCGCUUGUAAAUCUCCCUUACGGAGUUGCUGCAGGUUAUAACGGGACGAUCUGCAGCAGCAAUGGCGGCACUGAAGUGGGAAUUAGUCACAAUGAUGAUCAUGAGCUGAGAAGAGGGCCUUGGACACUGGAGGAAGACACCCUCCUCUCUCAUUACAUUGCCAGGCAUGGCGAAGGCCGCUGGAACAUGCUCGCCAAAUGUGCUGGACUGAAAAGAACUGGCAAGAGUUGCAGGCUGAGAUGGCUGAAUUACUUGAAGCCAGAUAUUAAGAGAGGGAAUCUGACUCCCAAAGAGCAGCUCCUCAUCCUAGAACUUCAUUCCAAGUGGGGUAACAGGUGGUCACGAAUAGCACAACAUCUGCCUGGAAGAACGGACAACGAGAUCAAGAACUACUGGAGGACGCGAGUGCAGAGGCAGGCAAGGCAGCUCAACAUCGAAUCCAACAGCAAAAGGUUCCUCGACGCCGUGAGGUGUUACUGGAUGCCACGUCUGCUUCAGAAAGUUGAACAGCAGCAAACUUUUUCGUCAUCAUCCGAUGGUCAACUUCCAACUUCAAGUACUAUGCCUGCAGAUCAGAAUCUGCAUCAUCAGGUGGCUGCAGUUGAAUCUGGUUCUCUGUCACCGUCUGCAGCAGAUCACACCCAUUUUAAUGAUGAUGAUCAGCAACUCAUCUCUAAUCCUUAUUCUAAUUACCCAUUAAAAGAGGAAACCCACUUCUCAAACUCGACUUCGGUCAAUGGUCUCAUGAUGACGACGGCCGCCCUUUCCACGGACUCCACAACGAUGUCGUACCAGCAAAACCCUGAGGCGGGAAAGAUUCUUGAAUCGGAAUAUGUCGGAUUCUCCAUGGAAAACUGCAACAACUGGAACAUGAUUCUGGGAGAUGGAACAAACUAUCAUGAUCAGUACUAUGAAGAGAUAUCGAUGGUGGAUCCAUUGAUGGCGGCAGCUGCUUCAGCUUCACAGUCGACAGCUGAUCAUGAAUUGUGCCAGGUGGGAGGUGACGACAGCAACUGGGUGGGGUAUAGCUAUGACGUGUCAGAUACUCUCUGGAACUUGGAUGACACGUGGCAGUACAGGGGCGUCUAGCUAGCUAGCUAGCUAGUUAGUUGAAGGGUUGAUAGGAUGAGAGGGGAGAUGUACUUUAAUUAGCUGCUGAGGAUCUUUUGUUAAUUGUCUUAAAAGGAAAUUAAUUAAGCCCCUCACUGUACUCUAGCUAGCUAGUCAUAAUCUUGAUUAGAGUCCUGUUAGAUGGUGAUAUACGUACUAUUCUACAAUUUUCAUUAAGGGAUAAUAUUAUUUAAUUAUCAUAUCUCCUUCUCAUCAACCCUAAUUACCCUAAUUGCGUUGGUAUUUGGUUGGUGUCUGUGUUUGUUUGGCCAUGCUUUUUUCCUGUUUCGUCUUCCCUUGGGUUAGAGACUUCUAUACUAAAAAAUGUGGAUCCCUUUCUCUCCAACUAAUUAAUUAUAAAUAAAAUAUCCAUAUGUCCAUUUCACAAACUUUUUAGUGAUGAAAAAUUAUUUAGCAUCCACCCUAAUAAAAGUCUAAAUCUAAA